AAAAAUCGAAGAAAAGAAACAAAAUGAGUGAACGUGCGUCAAACCCCGAGAUGACAAUUUCAUUGAAUCCAAAUGCUCGUGAGUCUCCUUUGAAAAUCGAAUCUACCGAAGCGAAGGCAGCUGGGGAAGAAGGAACCGAGAAUGCAGCCACCGCGGAGCAAAAAAAUGCCUCGGAAACAAACAAAAUUGCUGAUACUCCUAAACCAACACACUGCGCUCAAGACGACGGUAAGCGUGAAAUCGAAGCCGCAGCACUGCGCGAGUGGGAUUUCUCCAACCGAAAAGUUAUCCUUCAAAAUAUUUUUAAGUACGACGAUACCAGAACUCUCAAAAAAACGUCGCUGAAAUGGAUAAAGCAGAUGAAAGUGUUGUUUAAUGUUGAUGUUGAGUUUGAUCGAAUAAAAAAAGCACCGAAAGAGAGUUGGACAGUAUUGACUCUUGCAUCAGAGUCUAUGGUGCAGCCAUUCAUUGACUUCAUCAAUAAUACUGACGUUACUAACAAGAAAGGAGCCAAAAUAUACGCGAAACGUGCUGAUGCUGAAGGUCAGGUCAGAGAGGGCGCGCGUUGCAAACGAGAAGUAGGAUCGGACAAUGUUGAAGACCAAUCGUCUAGCAAGCGCCAGCGAGUGGAGGAUAAAACGAAAGAGGCACGAAGGCCUGUGUCAGACGACGAGAUCCGAGACAAAGUAGUACCAUUGUGGAGGCUUCCAUAUGAUAAGCAGGUGGAUACGAAAAUGAAGGAGAUGAUUAAGAAAUGCGCAAUGAAGAUAGUCGCCGAGACAAAAUCGCGAUUUAGAGAUUUGAGCCGAAAUGAGAACCGAAACAAUGUACAGGUUUAUAAAUGGUUGACAAAGCAGAGAUGCAUCGAGUUGUCUGAUAUGAUUACAGCUCCUUCAAAAAUUCGCAACAAAAAUGAAUUUACGUUUGGAUACCGUUACCUUUUUGGUACUAAUGGCGGCUGUAGCGAUGAGAUCAGCGAAGCAGAUUUUACGAAGGUGCCGUCCGUUGGAUUCAUGGUCACUGGUUGGGCUGGUGGAGUCUCGAGACCCCAUUGUUGUGAAAACAUACCUCGGGAAGCGUGCAUGGUCGUCGACAUUGUCGACGACUUCCUGCAGACAAGCCCACUUCCACCUUAUGAUUCAAAAUUUCACAAGGGAUUUUGGCGCACCCUAACGAUACGAACCUCUCGUCGAACAAAAGAGUGCAUGGUUAUCAUCGUGCAUUCUCCAGCAUCUGGUGGGGUCGGUGACGCGGAUGGAUACGCGGAGCAUUUUGAAAAAGAAAAAGAGCGGCUUGUGGCCUUGCUAAAGGGUGCUGAAUUGCAAACUGAGGUUGCAGAAUUGCAGCCACUAAAAGUUACCUCCAUAUUUUACCAAGAGUUCGAAGGUCUCUCGAAUCCUAAGCCCGACCACCCAGUCCAGCACGUAUACGGAAAGCAAUUUUUGCAUGAACGACUGGGCAAGUGUAUCUUUCAAAUAUCUCCGGGAGCUUUUUUCCAGGUGAACACCGAGGGUGCCGAGAUUCUCUACCAGCUUGUCGUAGACCAGAUUCGAGAAGUCUCGCAAAAUCCUAAAGAUACUACUUUGCUUGACGUUUGUUGUGGAACUGGGACAAUCGGGUUAACUUGCGUAACGGAAGGAGUGGUUGCAGAAGUUGUUGGGGUCGAUAUUAGCGAGCCGGCAAUAAAUGACGCAAGAAAGAAUGCCGAGUUGAAUGGAUGUGGUCAAUAUGAUAAGGAUACCGGGGGACUUAUACAUUUUGUGGCAGGCCGAGCCGAACAAAUCAUGACAUCUGUCAUUAGUGAUGCCAAGCAAUCCGGUAAAAAGCUUGUUGCGGUGGUGGACCCCGCCAGGGAUGGACUUCACGCUGACGUCGUAAGGGCUUUGAGGGCAAACGAGAGGAUCAAACGCAUUGUGUAUGUGAGCUGCAACCCUACUGGCACACUCGUGCGAGAUGCUGCGUUGUUCUGUGCUCCACCAACUAAGCGGUACAACGGCAGCGCCUUUCGAGUGGUAGCGGCAAGCCCGGUUGAUAUGUUUCCUGGAACUGCCCAUACUGAAGUCGUCAUGACAUUUGACCGCCUGUCAGAUAAGGAUGCCUACGGACAAUAG